AUGGGAAUGGUCAUGGCCGCUCUCAGCAAGAAGAGGCUGUGGCAGAUAGCGCUGGAGCUCAUUCCGCAGUUUCGGAUUCGUAGUGUUGAGGCCGAUGUGAUUGCAUACAACAUUGGGAUCUCCUCUUGUGAACGCUCGAAAGCAUGGAGCAAAGCGAUCGAAUUACUGGACACCAUGCCUCAGGAAGGCCUGGUGCCCGAUGAAGUCACGCUCAACUCUGUUAUGAGCGCAUGCAGCAGGUCGUGGGCCUGCGCAGUGGAAGUUUUCCGAGAAAGCAUUUUGAAAUCCACGGCAGCUAGCACAUAUAGCUUCAACUCGUGCAUCGGUGCCUGCGAACGCGGUGGGCAAUGGAAGCUGGCAAGCAGCCUUUUUGACUGCAUGAGCACUGGCAAUGUGGAGGCAGACGUCUACACCAUAACUUUAACCAUGAACGCAUGUCGCGCCAAACCUGAGUCAUGGUUAACAGCCUUGGGCUUGCUGGAGGAGAUGCCGCCGCGGAAGCUCUGUCCAAAUGAAGUCACAUACAGCUCGGUCAUGCAAGCGUGCUUCUCGAGCCGCCAGUGGAAAGAAGUCCUGCAUUGCUUCAACACAAUGCACUCAGAGUCUGUAGCCCCGGGUGCCAUCACUUACAACAUUGCUAUCCGUGCAUGCGCUGGUGGUGCCUGCUGGCUCGCCUUGCAGCUCUUCGGCGAUCUCCAGUCGCUGAGGAGACCCGAAGCCGACAGCUACGCCGCUCUGCUUGCGUCUUUCGAAGCAUCGUCGCUCUGGGCGAGUGCCUCAGACAUUGUCAGGGACCCCAUGUCAGAGUCGUAUGGGCCGAUGAGGUAA